UCCGCCGCCGUCGCCAUGACUGUGACCGGAAGUGACGCUGCCUUCUUCUUCUUUGAGGUUCUGUCUUACUGCCGCCGUGCGGUGAGGCGGAGUCAUGCUUUUAUUUUGACGCCAGUCCGGAAGUGGCUUGACCCUCAGAUCACAACAGCUCGGCCGGAGAAGAAGUCGCUUCAUCCGGAGCUUUCCUCUUGUCUCCGCCGCAGUUUGACGCUCGUUUUCCGCAGUUUUUUUCCCGCCCUGAGCCUGUCACGGUCGUCCAGGAUGGUCAAAGUGUCUUUUAACUCCGCGCUGGGGCAGAAGGACGCGAAGAAGGACGCGGAGAGUCUCCUUCACGACGAGGACACAGAUGCCGAGGCGGCGGUCCCGGUCCGUCCUCAGUCCUGGGCCUGGUGCUGGUGUCUUUUCUUCGGGAUCGUGCUCAUGGUGUCGGGCGCCGUGGUGGGAGGAGCCUAUCUGUACCGAUACUACAUCCUGGAGGUGAGCCGGCCGCAGCUUGCUGAGCAGGAGGAUCGAGUCUACUGGUGCGGGGUGAGGUACCGCGAGGAGGACUACAUGAUCGCAGAGGAAGACGAGGUGGAGGUGCAGCUGCCUAACCACGUGCGUCAGGUGGAGGAGAGGAUCCGGGUUCUGGAGCGGGAGCAGGUGGAGCUCAUCAGCGUUCCCGUGCCCGACUUCGAUGACGGCGACCCGGCAGACAUCGUCCACGACUUCCAGAGGAGUCUGACCGCCUACCUGGACCUGAGCCUCAACAAGUGCUACGUCAUCCCGCUCAACACCUCCAUCGUCAUGCCGCCACGAGACUUCCUGGAGCUGCUCGUCAACGUCAAGGCCGGCACCUACCUGCCUCAGUCCUACCUGGUCCACGAGGAGAUGAUCGUGACGGAGCGCCUGGAGCACGUGGACCAGCUCGGCUACUUCAUCUACAACCUGUGCCGUGGCAAGGACACCUACAAGCUGCAGCGCCGAGACCGGAUCCUGGGUAUGCAGAAGCGCGAGGCUCUCAACUGCCGCAAGAUCCUUCACUUUGAGAGCAAGUCUGUGGUCCAGACUCUGAUCUGCGAGUCUUAAGCGGCGUCGUGGCGUCGCGGCGUGCAGUGACACCUGCGUUUGACCCUCACCUGUCUGUUUUCUGUCCUUCAGGUAGUUUGAGUGAGUGAGACGAGUGAAAUGUGAAUUAAAAAAAGCUUUUCCACUUUUCUGUUCGGGGAUCUUUCCAGCAGCGAUUAGCCGAUAUAAGAUGGUAAAUUAUUUUAAUCAAACGUGACUGCAAGUAUAACCUGAGCUUUUAUUUUGAUAGACAAGGGAAGUUAGUCUUUUUAUUUCAAGAUUUCAAGAAAAAAGGCGACUUUUUUACGAUGAGACUUUGUGUUUUUGUAUUAGUCUGCUGUACUCCUUCAGGUUCUUCAGUUCUGUCUGUUUCUGAACGUGUCGCUUUGUUUUGGAGAACUCUUCCUGUUGUACUAACUCGUGUAUAUAAUCUAUAAGAUGAACAACUCAAUAAACAACCGAAAAAUGA